CACCAAACCAAACCAAACCACCCCGCAACGUAACGUUGCAUCUCGCAUUGGGGCCGGCAUUGCCAUCCCAUCCCGCCCGCCGCACAAAGAACUUAUAGCUACGCAAGGUCGCAAGCAAAACACAGUGCCAAAGUGCUAACACGGGCAGACAGACAGGGGAUACACGACAUGACGAGCCCCCCGCUGGCGCGGAAGGCGAGGCUCAAGACCCACCUCGUCUCCGCCAAGGUCAAGCUCCGGCAGCACGUGACCCUCCGCCGCGCGCUCCUCCUCGCCGCCGCCUCCGCCGCGUCCUUCCUCUUCCUCCUCACCCUCCGCACCCUCCUCAGCUCCUCUCACGCCAGAAUACAAACACCUGCCACGCAGCUGCAGCUGCGUGGCCAGCACUGCGCGAAGCUGCCGGCGCCCGUGGCCGAGGCGCUCGUCUACUACGCCACGACGUCCGCCAACAACGCGACGUCGUCACAGCAGCAGACGGCGGCCGAGCUCGCGGUGACCGCGCGCGCUCUGGCCCGGUGCCGCGCGCCGUGCAACGUGCUGGUGUUCGGCGGGCUGGGGGGCACCGAGAGCGCGCUCUGGGCCGCGCUCAACCACGGCCAGGGCGGGCGCACCGUGUUCCUGGAAGAAGACGCGUCCCUGAUCUCCGAGAUCAGCUCCAGACACCCGGGGCUGGGCAUUGAGCCGCACCAGGUCGCGUACCAGACGACGCUCGCCGACGCCGACGAGCUCCUCGCGCUCCGCGACUCCCCGGACUGCAAGAAAACGCAAAAUCGCCCGUUAUCCCCGGACGAAUUCGAGAGUUCGAAGUGCAAGCUCGCGAUGCGGGGCCUGCCGGCCGCGUUCUACGAGACGGAGUGGGACGUGAUCAUCGUGGACGCGCCGCCAGGGUGGGUGCCCGAGGCGCCCGGGAGGAUUGGCGGCGCGAUCUACAUGGCUGGGAUGGCGGCGAGGGCUCGGCGGUGGCCGGGGAAGACGGAGGUGAUUGUGCACGAUGUGGAUAGGGCCGUGGAGGACGGGUUGUCCAUGGCGUUCUUGUGCCGAGGGUACCUGGAGGAGGAAGUUGGGAGGGUCCGGAGAUUCGCGGUUCCUAGCCACAGGGAGAAGGAUGUCAUGCCGUUUUGCCCUUAAUUGACCACAGCAUUUACAAUGUGUAUACAGUAAACAAGUUUUGGAUGUUUGAGAACCAAGGCAAAUAUGUGGAUUGUUCACGAUAUCUAAGGUCAUCAGUGUAACGACAUGCAUGGGCGGGAGUAGUACACCUUCACAUGAACACUACACACUCUAUAACUUAAUGUGCUAAUCUCAUACUGUUUAACUAGAGAUAUCAUCCCUAGAGAGAACUCCCUUGUAUUGUAAUUGUUUGUAUCAGUCUUCGGUCAUUCAUAGAUUAUUAUCUUUUGUUUAUCUUGGUAUUUGAUUGAGAGAUUUUAUAACC